AGGAGGAGAGACGUGAGAAGAAGAGAGGAACAAGAAAAGGAGAUAUCAAGCAUAGGCCCAAGGACCAGUCCGCAAACAGAGGUGAAUUUGUGCUGCUGAUCUCUAUCCUUUUCUGAGUUCCCUGGUAUAAAACAUGCACUACCAGAGGUGAAAGUUUGACGGUCAUAUACAAAGGCAGAAGGUGACAAUGCUACUAAGGAUACUCCUUUUCAUUGUGGGAAUCAGCCAAGCUACAGUUUUUUCAGCUCAAGGACUAUGGAGAAGCGAAGAUUCCAGCACUUCUGUAACCCACUCUCACGACAACUACGAAUGGACCACAUGGUUCAAUGUGGACCAUCCCGGAGGCCGUGGAGACUACGAGCAGCUGGAUGCCAUUCGCUAUUACUAUCGGGCCAAAGUGUGUGAGACUCCACGGGCGCUGGAGGCCAGAACCACUGAUUGGGUCCCAGCCCGUGAAACUGGAGAGAAGGUGCAUGCAGACCCAACUGUGGGCUUCUGGUGCCUCAAUGAAGAGCAAGGUUCAGAACGGAACUGUUCCAACUAUGCUGUCCGAUUUCUUUGUCCUAAAGGUAACAGCCUAAACUUUCAGAAUACAUGGAGUCCGUGGUCAGACUGGGGUCCAUGUCCUGCCCUCUGUGGUCAAGUGGGCUUCCAAAUACGCUCCAGAAGCUGUAGUUCUCGCUCAAUGCUUUGCAAUGGACCAAAGGUAGAAAGGAAAGAAUGUCAUGGACCAGAGUGUCUGACAGAUUGCUCCCUACAUUGUGUAAUGGGGAAGGUAAAUGCAGAGUGUGACACAUGCAUGUGUGACGAGCACAUCCUGUUGGGCUCUGUUCGCGGUUCUGGCGGUCUCAUUGCUGAGGGGGCUGCAAUACUUGGCUCGAACAAACUCCUCACCCUCACAGACCACAAUGGACACUUUCGUAUUCCUGGGCUCUGCCCUGAUGGCAACACUACAUUGACAAUCAGACUGCAAGGCCAUGCCACCCUUAGUGUCAUUGUUCCCAAGAGCUCUGACCGUACCACAGUCCUCAGUGUACAGCUCAAAAGAACCGAGAAGCUUCAUGUGCUGAGCAACCCUGAUAGCAAGGCCAGGAGAGAGGGUCAAACUACUGCCUUCUGCUGUAAUGUGGCUGGAACACCACAACCAGACAAGUACCAAUGGUUCCAUAACAACACCCUCUUAGAGACAAAAUCUGAGAGUACCUUGGUUCUUAAAGAUCUGCAUCCUGAGCAAGCUGGAGAGUACUAUUGCAAAGCAAGUGGUCAGUCUGGGGCCAUUAAGACCAAAGCAGCCAUGCUCAAAAUCAUUGACAAAAAUAGCUAUUCAUGCAAUCCCAAGCCUGAAUCCCAUUUCAUACGACUUCCACAUGACUGCUACCAAAACAGCACAAACUCAAUCUACUACGAUGUGGGCAAAUGCCCUUCCAGCACAUGCGUUGGGCAAUUGGACAAUGGUAUCAGAUGCAAAGACAAAGUGACUUACUGCUGCAGUGUGGCAAAGAUGGAGGAAAUGCACCUGACAUGCCAGGGCUACCAACUACCCGCAAAGGUAGUUACUGAAUGCGGCUGUCAGAAAUGUGUCGACACCAAGGCUAUUGUGCAUGGUAGAGCUGUGGCUGCAGACAAUGGUGAGCCAAUGAGAUUUGGCCACAUCUUUAUGAAUGGUGUAAGAAUUAGCCGAACAGGCUACAAAGGUACCUUCACCAUCCACGUUCCUCCUGAAACAGAGAGGUUCGUCCUGACGUUUGUGGACAACAUGAAUAAUUUCAUCAACACAACAAAGGUACUUCCAUUCAAUGCCAAAGGAGGUGCUGUUUACCAUGAAAUUAAACUUCUACGAAAGAAAGUUCCUGUGACUAUAAGUUCCUUAGAAACCAACACUCUUGAACUUGGGGAAGUAGAGGGCCAGGAGCCAGUGGCUCACAUUCAGAUUCCCCCCAAUUCCUUCUAUAAGGAGAAUGGAGAAGUGUUUGUGGGUGACGUAAAUGCUAGUGUAACAUUUCUUGAUCCCAGAGAUGUUUCCACAGCAGCUGCAGCCCAAAGUGAUCUCAACUUUGUAGGGAAUGAAGGAGAUACCUUGCCACUGAGAACCUAUGGGAUGUUCUCGGUUGACUUCAGAGGUGGAGAAACCAAUGAGCCCUUGAAUGCAGGUGAGGUGAAGGUGUUCCUAGAUUCUGCCCAGGUGACUAUGCCUGAACACCUUGGAACCAUGAAGCUGUGGUCACUCAACCCCGAUACAGGCCUGUGGGAGGAGGAGGGAAGUCUGAAGGUUGAAAAGAAAUCAAGAGGAAAAAGGGAAGAGAGAACUUUUCUGAUUGGGAACAUGGAUAUCAGAGAGCGGCGACUUUUUAACCUGGACGUCCCAGAGAACCGUAGGUGUUAUGUGAAAGUAAGGGCCUUCCGCGGUGAACGUUUCAUGCCCAGUGAACAGGUUGAGGGUGUUGUAAUGAGUCUCAUAAACAUGGAGCCCACAGCUGGCUAUUCCUCUAACCCUCGUGCUUGGGGACGUUUUGACAGUGUCAUCACUGGCCCUAAUGGUGCAUGUCUUCCUGCCUUCUGCGAUGAGCAAAAGGCAGAUGCCUACUCUGCAUAUGUCAUGGCCAACCUUGGAGGCGAGGAACUCGAGGCUGUCCCUUCUACUCCCAAACUCAGUCCAAACCUCAUUGGAGUGGCUCAGCCAUACUUGGGCAGGCUGAACUACAAGCGCACUGACCAUGAAAACCCCAGACUGAAGAAGACAGCAUUUAGCAUCAAUUUGGCAAAACCAAGUCCGAACACAGCUGAAGAGGCCAACGGACCAGUGUACGCAUUUGAAAAACUGAAAGAAUGUGAAGAGGCACCAUUCAGUGCUGCACAUUUCCGCUUCUCACGAGUGGAAGGAGAUCGUUACGAUUACAACACGGUGCCAUUCAAUGAGGAUGACCCCAUGAGCUGGACAGAGGAUUACCUCAGUUGGUGGCCGAAGCCGAUGGAAUACCGUGCCUGCUACAUCAAAGUCAAAACCAACAGCCCACAUGAGAUUAAUGUGCGGUCCCAUAACAUGGGGGGCACUCACCCAAAGACAGUGGGCCAGCUGUAUGGUCUCCGAGAUAUCCGAAGUAUACGUGACAUGGAACAGACGGGAGUGUCAGCCGUGUGCCUGGAGUUCAAGUGCAGUGGGAUGCUGUAUGAUCAGGAACGCGUUGAUCGCACAUUGGUGAAGGUGAUCCCACAGGGUAGCUGUAAAAGGGAUCAUGUCAACCCAUUACUCCAGGAGUACCUGGUGAACCACUUGCCACUAGCCGUCAACAAUGACACAAAUGAGUUCACUAUGCUGGCACCUCUUGACCCUCUCGGCCAUAACUACGGAAUCUAUACAGUAACAGAUCAGGAUCCACGCACAGCCAAAGAAAUUGCUCUCGGACGCUGCUUUGAUGGCACCUCAGACGGCACUUCUCGUGUCAUGAAGAGCAAGGAGGGUGUCGCGCUGACAUUUACUUGUGGAGCUCGCGAGGUUACACAUCAAAGUGUCUUCCAGGCCCUGCAGAGCUCUCAAGGCCAGAUAGCCACUAGUGUGGGGAGAAGUGAAGGGAGACAAAACCGGCGUCGGCAAAGGGCCAAUACUUCGCGCAACAGUCAAAGACACAGCACCAGAGAUCCUAAAGGAAGAGGCACAAAAACCAGAAGUUAAACAUACCACUUAAGAGUCAAGUACUGCGCAAGACUCCAAGAGUGUCCAACAUGAAUCUUGAUUUGGUGCAAAUAUUUUAUGUUUUACAACUUCACUAAAUAUGUAACUACAAGAGCUAGCCUAUUUCUUUUUGU